UACGUACAGCUAUUACAACCCAAACACAAGUACACAACACAAAACACAACACUAUCCCCCGAAACCAAAAUUAACAUCAUAAACUUUUUAACUUAAUUUUCCCCUUUCUCUCUCAAAUCUCAAACCCAAAAUUAACACAAUUAAUAUAAUUUCGCAAAAACUAUAUACUCUUCUAUGCGAUUAUUGUAUAUCGUUUCAAAUGUAGAAGAACAGAAAAAACACAUUCGAAACUUUGCUUUUAUGCGAUUCUAGAUUCGUUUAUAAUUAUAACCGUCGUUGAUAUCGGUUAACCCGACCCGAAUGGAAUCGAAUCCAAUGUCUUCGAGUUUCACUCCGCAGUUAAUCGGCGUCUCUAGGUUGAGAUCCUCUUCCGCUAAAAAGUUGCCGGAACCCUUACGCCGUGCCAUCGCCGAUUGUCUCUCGUCGCCUCUCGCUUCCGUUAACGAACCUUCCAGAACUCUUCGGGACUAUCUGAAAGGUCCUACAACCACAGAUAUGGCUUAUAGUGCAAUUCUGGAACAUACUAUUGCGGAGAGGGAGCGCAGUCCUGCAGUAGUCGCAAGGUGUGUGGCACUUUUAAAGCGGUAUCUUCUAAGAUACAAACCGAGCGAGGAGACAUUACUUCAGAUAGAUCGUUUUUGUUCAGCCGUAAUUGCUGAUUGUGUUAUUAACCCAAAUCAGCCAUGGUCACAAUCUCUGAAUCGACAAUCGGGUGCAUCAACAACAUCAACAAUUUCAUCUCCUUUACUUGUCUCUAGUGUUGCUUCUGAGGCACAUGUGAAAUCACUGAGUUAUGUGCGUUCCCUAGUGGCUCGGCACAUUCCCAAACGGCUUUUUCAACCAGCUUCAUUUGCUGGACCACCUUCGUCGGGAAAAGCACUGCCAACAUUGUCAUCUUUGCUGAGUAAAUCUUUCAAUUCCCAACUUAGUCCUGCUACUGUUUCAGAAACGCCUAGUCCUGCAAGUGUUCCAGAAACAUUACAGAAGGAUUCAAUUGGGCUAUCUGUUUCAAAGUCAUCGAAACUUGAAAAGUUUGAUGAAAAGGAUGAACUAGGGUUCAUUGCCGAUGAUGUUCUGAAAUGGCGCUGGCUCGAGCAAGCACAAUCGUCAUCAAUUGGGACUGAAAACGAUCGUGGUCAAUAUAUGACAGCACACAGUUUCUUAGAAGUAGGUGCAGCAGCUUUACUUGUUGGAGACAUUGAGUCUAAGAUGAAGGGUAAACCAUGGAAAUUUUUUGGAACUGAUGAUAUGCCUUACUUGGAUCAGCUGUUGCAGUCUUCUCCUGUAACACCAAUUACUAAUUCUGUCUCUGCUCGUUCCCACCUGAGAGCAAUAACAGCAUCUAAACGCAAAAAAGCAGCUCGUCAGAUAUGGGAAGAUUCUCCCGUGACUACAUUUCGUCCCCGAGCUCGGCAGCUUUUCCAGUAUCGUCAUUACAGUGAGCAACAACCUCUUCGAUUAAACCCUGCUGAGGUACAGGAAGUUAUUGCUGCAGUCUGCUCUGAGGCUUCAUCUCCAAGCACCAAUGUCAUGACAGUGUCAUCUAGACUAAGCAAUAACAGUAGAAAACCAUCGACAGAUGUGGCUGUUAGCGUCCUUAUUAAACUAGUUAUUGACAUGUACGUUUUAGAUUCUCGGACAGCUGCUCCUCUAAUUCUUUCUAUGCUUGAGGAGAUUCUUAGUUCUUCUGAAACAGCUUGCCGGAUUCGCGUUUUUGAUUUGAUUUUAAAUCUAGGGGUUCAUUGUCAUCUCCUAGAACCAAUGAUUGCUGACGAUGCUUCCACAAUUGAAGAAGAAUAUUCUCAAGAAUCCUACUAUGACAGCAACGCUCAAGUUAUGAUGCAAGGAAGCAGGAAAGGAAAUUCUGAGAACAAACCAGACACAGUCUCUGCAAUUGAUAAUUUUGAGGCUUGGAUAGUAAAUAUUCUGUAUGAGAUACUGCUUCUACUUGUUCAGACUGAAGAAAAGGAGGAAUCCGUUUGGGCAUCUGCACUCAGCUGUUUGCUUUAUUUUGUCUGCAAUAGGGGAAAGAUCAGGAGAAAUCGUUUACAAGGACUCGACAUAAGGGUUCUGAAGGGACUUAUAAGAGCCAGUAGGGAGAACUCCUGGGCAGAAUUAGUUCAUUGCAAGCUGGUUUCCAUUUUAACCAACAUGUUUUACGAAGUUCCUGAUGAAGUUGCAGAGCCUGUAUCUAGAAAACCAAAGUUUCUUGUGGAUCAACUUGAUCUGGUUGGUGGAGUUCCAUUUAUUUUUAUUGAGUAUUCCCUUGCAAACUCAAGAGAAGAAAGGAAAAAUCUGUAUUCGGUGCUUUUUGAUUACAUUCUGCAUCAAAUAAAUGAAACAUGUAUAGCUACAGGAGUCAAUGAAUACAGUGAUGAUGAGAUCCAACCUCUUGCUUCUCUACUUGCUCAAGCAAAUGCGCCCGAGGCAUUUUAUAUUUCUGUCAAACUUGGGGUAGAAAGCAUUGGAGAGAUUUUGAGAAGAUCAAUUGCGCCUGCCUUGUCCAGAUAUCCCAACAGUGAACGGCUAAAUGCAUUACUGGAAAUUGUAGCAGAGAAGUUUGACACUGUAAUAAGUUCAUUCACUCAUUUGGACAAAGAAUUCUCUCUUAUGAUUCAGAUAACCAAAUAUCACAAGUUUCUUGAAAAUAUGGAAGGCGCAGCUCUGCAAAAUGGCAUUGGUUUGCAAGCAAAGCACUCAUGGGUCACUUUACAUUCCCUUCUUCAUUCUGAAAGAAUUUCAUACCGCCAAAAUGGGUACAUCUGGUUAGGUGAUCUGCUUAUUGCUGAAAUUAGUGAGGAAAGAGAUGGAAAUAUAUGGUCAAGCAUCAAAUAUUUUCAGCAUAAAAUCGUUCAAGCUGGAACUCAAGAUUCUUUGGAUACAUCAAAUAUUCCUUUGUCCAUUUUACUUAUGUGUGGCCUUUUAAAGUCCAAAUAUAACUACAUUAGAUGGGGAUUUAUGUUUGUUCUGGAAAGACUUCUUAUGAGAUGCAAAUUUUUGCUAGAUGAGCAUGAAAUGCAGCUAUCAAACAGCAAAGAUCUGGUGCAUGGGAAGAAAGAUUGGCAUCUUGAGAAAGCCAAUGCAGUGAUCGACAUAAUGAGCAGUGCUUUGUCUUUGGUGUUUCAGAUAAAUGAAACGGACCGCAUCAAUAUCCUGAAGAUGUGUGACCUACUAUUCUCUCAAUUGUGUCUAAGAGUUCCUCCUGCUACAGCGCUACCCUAUGGUGAUGAUGUGCAACAUGACAGAAAUAUAAAUCUCACUAGUGUAAGCAAAAAAUCUGACAUUGAUAAUCAUGUCCUCCGACAAGAUACUUUUCACUGGGAUGAAAACAAGGAAGAAACUAAUAGAAGACCUGACUACCCCAAUAACUACCAUCCAGAUCACGAUACCUCAUCAAUGACAGCUCUUCUCCAAGGACGAGCAAUUGUCCCCAUGCAAUUAAUUGCACGUGUUCCUGCUGCCUUACUAUAUUGGCCACUCAUUCAAUUGGCAGGAGCAGCAACAGAUGAUAUUGCUUUAGGUGUUGCUGUUGGAAGUAAAGGAAGAGGAAACCUGCCUGGUGCCACAUCGGAUAUUCGGGCCAUUCUUAUUCUACUUCUUAUUGGUAAAUGCUCAGCAGAUCCUGUUGCUUUCCAGGAAGUAGGUCAGGAACAAUUUUUCAGGGAACUUUUGGAUGACACAGAUUCAAGAGUGGCAUAUUAUUCUUCUGCUUUUCUUCUGAAGCGAAUGAUGACUGAGAAGCCAGAGAAAUAUCAACACAUGCUUCAGAAUCUUGUUGUUAAAGCUCAACAGAGUAACAAUGAAAAACUAUUGGAAAAUCCAUACCUUCAAAUGCGUGGCAUAAUUCAACUGGCAAAUGAUCUUGGAAUUGACUUGUGAUCAUCAUGGCAUGUCUUUCUGGAGGAAGAUAUUGUUUAGAGUUGGAUAUAUGUGUUGGUUCGACAAAUUGUCGCCAUUGAUUCUCAAGAAAAAUCUUUCGUCAUUCAAUUGACUUAAAUUUGAAACACAUAUAUCCAGGACACGUCUCCUUCAUAGACAAAAUUGUGAUUUAUUUUUCAACAUGGCCGAGGGGGGUAUUAGUGUGGCCAGAGAAUGAGAGCAAGUGGAAUUGGGCUACUCAUAAAAUAUUGAUUAUUAUUCCGAGAAAUAAUUACCAGAACUAGAAAAAGUUCUGCAUGCCCUCAAUUCCUGUCGAUCUCUCUCUUCAAUGAUAUUAUUACUCUUUUGGAGAGCCAUGUUGUAUCUGCCAUCAUAUCAUGCCUUCAUCUUCCCUGUGUAUGUCAACAACUGAGAGAAGGCAGAGUUCUGUUGAUGAAUAAUUUUGAAUAAUUUUGAAUGUACCUGAUUUCGUCCACCCAACUACUGAUUGUUGCUGAGCUAAGCCUGCCUUCAGUUGCUGGCUGGUGUGCAUUAUAUUCCAAGGAAAAAUAUAUGCAGAACUCCAUAAGAUUCUUUCUUUUGUACAGGAUUAGAUUCCCACCAGGCCUUCAAUUUUUUUCAUUUAUGAAGGCUGCCUCUAUGCUUCCAUUUUUCACUUGGCAUACAGGACCUUUCAUGGGAAAAGUUAGAACUCAGUUUUGUAAGUUGUUAAUAUAUAUAUAUAUAUAUAUCACAGGUCACAAGGAGAUCCUUUGAUUGGAGUAUCAUGGGAUGUCUACUUUUAGAUGCAUCCCUAGCUCCGCUCUCCUUGUUUUCUGUAAAUAUGUGAUUGUUUUUCUUUUCAUUUUUGAUCCAUUCCCUUUUGCGAAAAUUGUAAUGUGUAGUGAGAGAUUAAUGUGUACAUUAUUUAUACAUGAUUUUAUUACGGGAAUGGUUGUGAAACAAUUUUCUUGAUAACAGCCCCAUAUUUAUUA